ACAGUUACAACUUACUUCUUCUCAGUCACUGUAUGUAGUGAGAGCCUUCAACUUCAAAUCCAUCCAAGCUUUUGAAUUUGCUCUGAAGAAGCGGGAACAACCCAGAUCUGCAUAUUUACUGGGCAUGACGAGCCCUGCCUUUUGUUAACCGGACGGAAGAGUUGUGGAUCGAGUCGGAUCGACACAGAUCGAACAAAAUCAAAUGGAAUUGGAUCGGAGUUGGUAGCAGCGGAGGACACGUGCAACAUGGAGAACCCAGUGGAGAAGCGGAUUCGAGAGGAGUAUGGUAAGCUUGAAUCCAAUCCCUCCCACGAUUUCAUGUUCCGCAAGCUCGAUUGGGACUCAUAUGAAUGGCAAGGUGCACUCAGAGGCCCUUCUGGAACUGAAUUCGCGGGUGGGAUUUAUCAUGUGCGGCUCCUGUUUGCGAAGGAAUACCCAUGGGAGAAACCCUCAUUCAUCUUUUUGACUGAAAAUGGUUCCUUCAAUAUCAAAACCAAAACCAACGCAAGAUUAAACUGGAAGCCAACAAGGAAGGUGGAACAGGCUUUUCUUGAACUUAUUGAGUUAAUGCCCGAAUGCCCAGAUUUUAAAUCGGAUUCAGAAGAACACAAGGACAAAAGGCGUGAUCUGGCCAAGAUAUCUAGUGAAGCAGCCCCAAUAUUUGGCACUGGUGCACGUCAGAAGUUAAUUGAUGUGAAUCAUCAAUAUAUGCAAAGCAGAUGUAAGGAAGAGGUGGUUGUGGAUCGAGUCGGACCAACACAGAUGGAAUCGGAUCGGCGUGUGAUAGUGGAGGACACGUACAACAUAAAGAACUCAGGGGAGAAGCGGAUUCUAGAGGAGUAUGAUGACAUUAAAUCCAAUCCCUCCUCUGAUUUCACGUGCCUCAAGCUCAAUUGGAACCCAUAUGAAUGGCAAUUUGCAAUCAGAGGCCAUCGUGGAACUGAAUUUGACGGGGGGAUUUAUCAUGGGAUGGUCAAGUUUUCAGAGGGAUACCCAUCGAAUCCUCCUUCAAUCGUGUUUUUGACGGAAAAUGGUUGCUUCGAUGUCCAAACCAUCAUCAGCUUAUCGAUCCGGCAGUGUGUGCGAGAAGCUUUAGUUGAAUUUAUUGAGAAAAUGGCUACCUACUCAAAUGGUGGAAGGCUUCAUCUGGCCAUCGAAUCUCGUGUAAAAGCCCCAACAUAUGGUACUUUUGCACGUCAGGAGGUAAUGGAUGAGAUUCAUCAACAUAUGCUACGCAUCGCAGCACCUGUUUCUGUUCCUGAACUGAUCCCUCCGCCCUCACAGACCCCCAACGGCACAGGCGGCGGCUCUGUCGUCUACAACAUCUACAACAUCUACAACAUCGGCUUCUCUGUCGUCUACAACAUCUACAACAUCUACAACAUCGGCUUCUCUGUCGUCUACAACAUCGUUCGUGAGAAUAUAAUUAAUGCUAGCAACUCCAAAUGUGUAGGAGUUAUGGAUUCUAUGAAUGGGGCCCCCGACGUCACGAAUCCCAUGAUAACAAAAAUUUUAUGCGUUGUGUUUAUCGUCGCUUUCUGGGGUUGGUCAUACAAAUUUUUAACUUAAUACUAAAAAUGAUGAACUGAGGUGAUCCAAGUCUGUAGCGUAGUUCUCUUUUAUUGGUAGCUUCUAAUUUAGGAGAGGUAGUAAUGGAGCUGCAGAGAGCACGGAGCGUAGCUUCAGAUCCAGGGGGUUUAGGGCAAGAAUAUUUCCUUUAUUACAUUGGUAUCCGAUUGCUUUGACUUUUGACUUCUCA